AUGGCGUGGUUAACACGAGUUUUUAUACUUUUGGUAUGUGUGUCAGUUGUGAAAUGUCAUGUUUUCUUUGGUCAACAUCAGCAUCAUGCACUCCAUCACAUAAGCGAAUUACCACAGGUCAUUUCAAGUAUAAUCAAACAAAGCCUUGAUCAUAGUUUUCUUCAAAAUUUCCAUGAAAAACAUAAGCCUGAAUUGAUUGGGGAUGGAGGUUAUCAAUCGGGUAUAGGGAAUAAUGGGAAACCACAAGGAUUGUCAGACUUAGAUUUUAACUUUAAGCCAUCAGAUAUUUUUAGUGGAAAUUUAUUCGGUUCUCAAGAAUUUAUUGGCGAAGGGAACGACGGAAGCGGUAACAUAGGUUCACAAGAACCAGGAGAAUCAUCGAGUAACGAAGGAUCAUAUAUGCAAAAUUCUGCAGAUUCUACAGGACCUGUUGCCCCAAGUGGCGAAAUAUACAAUGAUAGUCAAAUACCUAACUCUGGAAUUAAUAUUGAUAUACCAAAUGAUGCUAGCCAAGGAGAUAAUGGAGGUAAUUUAAACACAAAUAAUGAAACCCCUAGCCAAGAUAAUGUAAAUAAUGGUUCGACGUCAGAAGAUAUAAAUGCACGAAUAAAUGAAAAUAAUGGCAUUGGAGAUGUUGAUGGCAGUGACUCAGGUGUUGCUCAAAGUAGUGGACCCGGAAUAGCUACUAAUAUCGAUGGCCAGGGACCAUUUGUACCAAGUAGCGUUGGAUUAGAUGGAAAUAUAAGAGAAAAUAAACAAAAUACACUUAAUAGUCUUAGUGAAACACCUAAAGCUAAUGUUAAUAUAAAUUUAAAUGUGUCUGGUGAUGUUCUUGAUAGUGUCAAUGCACAUGUCAAUGUUCCUAAUAGCUUAAAAAGUCAAAAUACGAGCACGGAAGUUGCAACAUUGGAUCCUAAAAAUUCUACCUUAGACGUCAAUAAACCAGAAGGCCAAAUAAACAACAGUGAUUUAGCUGUUGAUGUCGAAGGACAGAAACUAAAUCGCGAGAGCGCUCCAUUUCAAAAUAGUGAUAAUUUAAAAGUUGAAGGCGAAGUUCACUCUAAUAAUUUGGAUACAAAUUCUAAGCAAUCUUUAAAUGAUACUAAAGAACCUGUUAAUGGCUUACAGUUGGCUAAAGAAAAUGAAAGUAAUCAAGAUGAUAAAUUAAACGAAGCUAAAGAAAAAAUACAAAAACAAAAGAUUAAUGUUAACAACAUGGGUGCUUCUCAAUCACCAAACCAAAGUGACAGAAAUGAUAUUGGUAAUGGCCAAUUUUUAUACGCUAUAAAUAUAGCACCGGCAUUAACCUCAUCUAAUCAAGAAUCUUACGUUCCUCCUGCAACAUCAGUAAAUACUGGUCAACAAGCUAAUUAUGUAGCAAAUAAUGCUCAAAAUGUGCCGGUCAGUGGUCAAAGUAGUACACCUGUUCAGUAUGUCGUCCAAAAUCCUAGCAACACGGGAUCUAAUAUUGUACCAAAUAGUAAUGUGGUAUACUCGAGUCCUAGUGGGGGCACAUCUAGUGGUUAUACAAUGGUAAACGUACCUUAUAGUGAAAAUAACCCUGGACAAGUUUUAUAUAACUUACCAGCAUCUUAUCAAGGCGGUCAAUCAAAUGGCUAUUAUCAAGUUAAUAAUAAUCCAAGCCCACAGGCUUAUUACACUGUUCAAUUAAGCAAUGGUCAAACUGCUUUAGUACCAGUCACUAGUGGUCAGAUGUACACAUCCGGACAUAACAAUGGACAAGGCCAAGUGAUGAUACCAAGCAACAGCCAACAAUAUGUGGUGAGUAACGGCCAGCCUAUCCAAAGUAACGGGCAGGUUUUAGUGUCAAACAACGGCCAACAAUAUAUACCCAGUAACGGUAACGGCAACGGCCAUGUAUUUGUUUCAAGUAACGGACAACAAUAUGUUCUGGCGAAUAGUCAGCCUGAUCAAGGUAACGCUCAAAUAGUAGUACCUAGUAAUAGCCAACAAUAUAUACAAAGCAAUGAGCAGCCAGCGAAUGGUCCGGUCAUGGUAUCAAACGGACAAAAUUACGUACCUAAUGGUCAAGUUAGCGUGCCAUGGAGUGGUGGCCAAGGCACAGUUCAAAAUAGUGGCCAAGUUUAUGUACCACUUAAUCAAAACCCACAAAAUAACAUGGUGGCAGUACCAUCAGGCAGUUUAGUGAAUGUUGGUGGGGAUAGCAAUUCGGUGCCCUUAAUAGUUUUACAAGGAUUCAAGGAUAAAGGAGAGCCUUCAUCGAGCCCUUCUACCUCUGUAGAGGAGUUAGAACAAAGUAAAGAUAAAAUUAAUGAUGAAAAAAGUGAUGUAGGAGCAAAAAAAAAUAAAGAU